UUCAUUAUUUGCUCUGGCACAAGGAUUCAUAUGAGUAUUUCGUAGCCGAAUGGCGAUGAACGUUACUUUGAUUCCUUCGUGGACUUCGACAAAAUUGCCCAACUUCCAACUAUCAUCUCAAGCAAAUUUUCAGCGGUUCAAGUCUUCGACUAAGGCCCAGGCUUGUCUCUACAAGUAUCCUCUGGCGAGCAAGAUUAUGAUCAGAAAUUUACCUUAUUCUGCCAAUGAAAGUAGCUUGCAGAAGGAAUUUUCGAAGUUUGGCAAGAUAGCUGAAGUUAAACUGGUCAAGGAUGAAAAGACAGAUAGGUCAAAAGGAUAUGCCUUCAUUCAAUACACUUCUCAAGCAGAUGCAUUGCUUGCAAUUGAAAAUAUGGAUAGAAAGUACUUUAAUGGCAGGGCAAUUUACAUUGACCUAGCAAAACCAGUAACAGGUGAGUUUGGUGGAUACCCAAAAACAUCUGGACCACCUGAGGAGACACAUUUAGCCGAUGAAGAUAAGGAGUUGGUAUGAGGAUGACCUUAAGACUUCUUGAAGAAGGCUAGAAAGACAGACGGCGUUCACAGAAAGGCGACUUGAUUUUGCUUUGCUCGUCUUUCCUAUCUGGCACUUGCAAGUUUUUUGAUCAGAGAUGAAAUUAAAUUAGCUACAAUUGCAAAUCAAGUUAUAUAGGCACGUUAUAUAGAAUUCAUGACGCGCCAUAGUUAUCAAUAAAGACAAGCUUCCUUUUGAAAUUUCAGAUUUUCCCAUUUAAACUGUUUGGUGAUAUAUAGAUCUAGGGGAAGAAAAAAAUGUUUUGCUCAUUAUCUCUGUACUUACAUCUCUGUGAGUGAAAGCCAUUUUUUCAGUUCGGUAUGAUAUAGCUUUGCUUCUUUAAGAAGAGCUCUCUAUGCUGCUACUUUUUUUCUUCCCAGUGUUCUGUCACAUUUGUCGUAAAAUAUGAGGUUCAGGUUCAAUAACGGUCCAAGUUAAACCCCAGAAUGUCAUUGGGAAUCCAUAAAAGUCAGCAGAAUUUGCUUCUUGACUUCAGCAAUUCGUU